AUGUAUCAGUGCCAGAACAUCUUGCUUUCCUGGCCUGCCGGUCUUGAAUCUGGCACCUGUCGCUCGAGGUGGGUUGCAUUUGCUGGGCCCAUUCGAGCUGGUCGUUCAUCAUCAGACGGCACGCGCACUUUUGGAUAUCACCACGCCAGAGUCCAGACAGGCACAUACGAAUCCCGAGCCGACUUUUGUAACUCCGACCCCGAAAAGAGCGAAUUUCUGCCCACGCCGCCGAGAUCCAUCUGGCCCAGACUAGCCCAUCACGACAAUGACCGGUGCGGGGAUCAUCAGCGACAAGUCGGACCCGCCCUGGAGUUGCACCCAUGGGCACCUCGGAGCUCUUUGCCAUUCACCGUGUUCUGUCCCCAUUGUGAGAGCCAUGCCCCUGCAUUCUCUGCCGAUGAGCUGAAGACUGUUGCGAGUCUGAACCCAGGAGAAGAAGCCUCGUACGUUUUUCUGGCCGUAGACCGCGGUGAGGAGGAGUUCGACCUUCCCGUUUCCGAAACGCUUCACGAUCUUGCGGGCAAGCGGGGCUCCGAUCUCCUCCAGGACCCCGGCAUGCCAAGGCGGUCGGUAGCCUGGAUUCGACCAGAUAAUCUUAUCUGA